AUGCCCGGUGGAAAAGGAAAGUCUAUCGGUGGAAAGGGUGGCUCCAAGGACGCUGCGGGGAAAACUCAGAAGUCCCACAGUGCAAAAGCCGGCCUGCAGUUCCCCUGCGGUCGUGUUAAGCGUUUCUUGAAGAACAACACGCAAAAUAAGAUGCGCGUUGGUGCGAAAGCCGCCGUCUAUGUCACUGCUGUCCUUGAAUACUUGACUGCCGAAGUUCUCGAACUCGCCGGUAACGCUGCCAAGGACCUCAAGGUCAAGCGUAUCACACCUCGCCACCUGCAACUUGCGAUCCGUGGAGAUGAGGAGUUGGACACUCUUAUCCGCGCCACCAUCGCUUUUGGUGGUGUCUUGCCCCGUAUCAACCGAGCACUGCUGCUCAAGGUUGAGCAAAAGAAGGGCAAGAAGGCCGAUGCUUAA